AUGACUCUAAACGGCUUCAUUUCCAGUAAACAGGCCUUUCUUCCGGUGGAUAUAAAGUGUGAGUUUUUCAAAAUGGCAACGGUCUCUGCGGACAGUGCGACUGGAAACUUAAUUCUCUGCUCAAUUUGUGUCGAAAAAUACAAAACACCGAGGUGUCUGCCGUGUAUGCAUUCGUUCUGUCACAAUUGUUUAUCAACCUACAUUGCCAGCGUUUGUAAAUCUACGGAGCCUCGUUUGGGAUUUAAAUGUCCUUUAUGUCGUGAGUAUAUUCCGUUUACUGGCGCCAAUGAUAAACCAGAGGAAUGGGCAAAAGUAUUCCCUGUAAAUGUUGCUUUACAGCGAUUGGUAGAAAAACCAGAUGAGAGGUUUUGUGAUGCUUGUUUAAGAGAUAAUGAAACUGAAAAUGCAACCGGAUUUUGUCUUUCUUGCGCGGAAUACUUAUGCGCUUUGUGUACGAAAUAUCACAGAAAACAUUUGCUUUCUAAAGGUCAUACUGUGUGUCAGGUAGAAGAAAUAAGGACUGGAGAGAUUACUCAUGAAUUUGGAAAAUAUUAUAGAUGUUCUGAACACAAUGAAUCGAUAAAGUUAUUUUGUGGCGACCACGAACAACCGUGUUGUUUAAUGUGCGCGGGCACAUGUAGAUCGAAGCACAGAAAAUGUGAAAAUGUUGACACUGUUCAUAAUGCAGCUGUAUAUCUUAGAGAAAACGAUAAAUUAAAUGUUCUGUUGAAAGAAGUAAGAAAUAUAGAAAAUAAACUAACAGAGGCCAAGCAAGAGCAGGAGAAGAAUAUGGCAGAACUAGAAGAUUCCUUUGAUGAAAUGACAAAGAAAACUGAACAGGAAUUUAAAGAUUUAACUGAACAUAUUAAAAAAAUGAAAAACAAACAUCUCGAAGAUAUUGCUGUGGCCCAAAAAAGAGGCAGAGAAAAACUUGACCAAUGUGCCAGCACGUUAGAAGAUGGGAUUAAUUGCGCUAAGAAAUGCUGUCAGAAUAUUGAGAAAGCCAGGAAAACAAUGGACGAAAGAGAACUUCUGAUGAAUUAUUACUUAGCAAAGGACACAGCUUCACAGCUAAAACAAUGUAGCUUUAGAACGAAGCACAUAAAAGUAACUGAGAAUAAAGCAUCCAUUUUGAAGGAACUGAAAGAUAUGGAAUCUCUCAUAGAUAUUGAUUGUACCACAACAGAUCAUCACGUUAUAUACAACUUGAGUACCAUGCAAUUACCCAUUGUUCCUAAAUUUAGAAUUGAAGAAGAGAGUGUGGUUUCUAUUUAUACUGGAACUUUUCUAUCAAAUGAUACUUUUGCAGUAAUUGACCAUGCUUUCGAGGGGCAGUGCAUAAUAUAUGAUAAUGCAUGGGCUAAAACAAAUGUAAUUAAUGGACUAUAUAGGCCUUUUUGUGUUGUGCAAAAUUUAGACGAACUUUUUGUGACUUGCACCGGGACAAUGUCAAUAAAAGUGUAUUCUGCCACUGAUUUCCAAAAACUACGAACAAUUCCGAUGAAUGAAUCAGUUUAUGGUAUACAAAUCCGGAAUAGGGCGCUUUAUGUUGCAUGUGCAACGAAAAUCAUAAAAACCGAUCUUUCUGGGAACAAAACAAAGGAAUUUGAAACAGAAGGCAAAAAUAAUAUACACCUUCUUUUGACAAAUAAAGGGCUGAUAGUUUACAGCAACUGGGUGCUCGAUACAGUCACGGCAAUAUCGGAAGACGGAGACAUUAUCUGGAAAUAUGAAAAUGAAAACAUGAAAGAUCCCUUUGAACUUGAAGAAGAUUCUGUGAAUAAUGUUGUUGUUGCUGCUAAAAAAAGUAACAAUAUCCAUGUAUUGUCUAACGUUGGUGAACAUUUAAAGGUCAUCGAAAAUAUAACUCAACCCGUGUUUAUAAAAAUGAACGAAAGAAUGAACAUUUGCUGUGUAUGUAGUAACCGCAAUGUUUUGAACGUAUAUCGAGUGUAA